AUGGUUAUAAAAUUAAUUUCAUACUCCUAUUUUAAAGAUGCCAGUAAAUUAUCCUUGACGGUUUAUGCAAGAGAUGCAAUGCUUUUCUUUAAAAAAUAUAACAAAGAAGUUAUGGACUUUUUAAAAGAAAAAGGAUUUGGAGGAAAAUUAUUUUGGAAUUCCCCAAAACCAAUAUAUCAAGGAAAUGAUUGUGAUUGGCCAUCAGAAAGAGAAGUAUUUGCUAGAAGGUUAGGUUUUAUAGUUAAAUAG